GAAGGGAGACGAAGAUGGCGGCUCUCGGGGAACCUGUCCGCCUGGAGAGGGAUAUCUGUAGAGCAAUAGAAUUGUUGGAGAAAUUACAAAGGAGUGGAGAGGUACCACCACAGAAGCUUCAGGCUUUGCAAAGAGUCCUUCAAAGUGAAUUCUGCAAUGCUGUAAGAGAGGUAUAUGAGCAUGUCUAUGAAACUGUGGACAUCAGUAGCAGUCCUGAAGUGAGAGCUAAUGCAACUGCUAAGGCUACUGUAGCUGCAUUUGCUGCCAGUGAAGGCCAUUCUCAUCCUCGAGUUGUUGAGCUACCCAAAACAGAAGAAGGUCUCGGUUUCAAUAUUAUGGGAGGCAAAGAACAAAACUCUCCAAUCUAUAUAUCUCGCAUAAUUCCAGGUGGAAUUGCUGAUAGACAUGGGGGCCUCAAGAGAGGAGAUCAACUCCUUUCCGUUAAUGGAGUGAGCGUUGAAGGAGAGCAUCAUGAAAAAGCUGUAGAGCUACUGAAAGCAGCUCAAGGAAAGGUUAAAUUAGUAGUACGAUAUACACCCAAGGUUUUGGAAGAAAUGGAAUCACGUUUUGAAAAAAUGAGAUCAGCAAAACGCAGGCAACAGACCUAAUGCAGUUGAGAACUUUUUAUAUUCUAUUCUGCUUUUAGCUAGAGGAGUUUUACUUGUGACCCUACUGAUGGCCGCAAUGCCAAUGAUUGUUUAAAAAAAAUUUUUUUUCCCAUGAAAUCCUCCUUGCCAUUUUAUAAAUGCCUAUUUUAACAUCAUUUCAGGUUCUAGCAACGCAUAUACAUUUUUCUGAAAAGAAAAAGUAAAAGGUGAUGAGGGCAAUUCUGUCCUGCUGUUUUUACAGGCCUUUUUCAAAUGCAGAUUUUGUCAUAAAGUUGUUAUAGAUUUUUAAAAAUGCUUUUUUAAUAUUAAAAUGUACUUUUACAUUCUUAUCUUUUUUUAGAAAGAAAAAAGGAUUUCUUCCUUUGGCUGCUUAUUUAAAAAUAACACUUUCUCUAAUUCUUUUUUUUUUUUUGCUUACUCUACUUUUUUUUAAUCUGUAAAAUUUCUUUACAAUUCUCCAAGAUUAAAUAUACAGUCUCAGCUACAGCAGUUCAUCACACUAUCAAUGUUAACAUCGCUGCUGCAUUUUGUACUUUGGACAUAUACAUCAUGAACACUAAGUCAUAGCAGUGGAAGUUUUUUACUUUAAAGAAUGUCUGAUGAAUAUUCAUUUGUACUGGUUUCUAAAAGCAAGUUUUUAAACUGAAGCAAUCAUUGUUAAAAUAUGUAUGCUUUCAUAAUAUGUGAGGAGUAAGGCAAGAAGAUGUAAUUUGCUAGCAUUACUGAUUACAUCUUUGUUUAUAUUCAACAGUCCGUCAAGUUACAAACUCAAGAGUAGUUUUGUUUUAUCUUUUACAAGAUUUUUAAAUGCUAUUCAUCUUCAAAUAUACAAUUCCUAUAUUUGAUCUUUUCAUAUCUAAAGAUGAGCCAGUUGGUGGUAGGAAAUAGAAUAAAAGUAAUACCUUUAACCUCAAGUGGUCUACAUUUUUACUAGCUUGGUUUAAAAAAUGAGAUCAAAUAGAAGAUAGGAGGAUAUAUUCAUGGUACAUUAAAAUACUGAGAGGUGUUCAUGAGAAGAUGCAGACUUUUUUAAAAUGGGUCAGAAGUCAUUAAAAUGGUUUGGUUUAAAGAUACAGUCUUUGUUUAUAAUUCAAAAUGCUGAUGAGAAUUGUGAGAGAAUCUUCCUUUGUCCACUGGAUGUCACUAUUUGACUAAAAGGCAGCUUUUAGUGUAUGACUGACUGAAAUCUUUUUAAAGACUGAAAUUAAAAGAGUUGAAGUUCAUUUUCAGUCACAAAUUACAGGAACAUAUUUGUAACGUUGUUUGUUUUUUCCUAAUUUUGUGUGAGGAAUGCUGGAAAGGUAAUGGAUUAAAAUAUAUAAGAAAUUUAACGUAACUAUUGAUCCUGUGUAACGAAUGGACAUCUUGUUACAUUCCUUCAGGAAAAAUAGCAUUGUAUAACUUUUUUUGCAUGUUUGUGAAAAGCACUGUGAGUCUUGAAAGAUGAUUCCAGUUUUCAAUUAUUUAAGAAUAAAAGUCAAUCAGCAUUGUUAUUUAUCAUUUAGGUAUUGAACACUGGAUUGCAUGGUUGAAUGUGUCUUUAGUCCACUACAAAAUAUGCUUGUUAUUGUUAUAGGAUCUCAUUGUUAAAUUGUACAUUUGCAAAAUUAAUUGUUUUUAAAAUGUUAAGACCAAAGUAGUGUAGAAGAAUUAUGGAUUUAUUUUAAUUUAAUUGUAAAGUUACUAGAGGUUUUUGUUUUAGAGCUUUAUAUAUUAAACAGAGGUAUUGGUGCAUCUAAAAACAGUGAUAUUGUUAUGCUUGUAUUCUUGCAUUAGAGGGUAAGUAAACCAUGAAAAAAAAAACCUUAUUUUAGUAUAGCUACAGCUGCAGUUGCUUUUAAGGGCGGGUCAACAUUUCAUUAUAAAUUAUAGCUUCCUGGUUCAGUGUCUCAGCUGUUUUCAGAACUUUCAGCCAAGUUAAAUCUUUUUUGGUGUGGAAACUUAGUAAGUUGAGUAAGCUAUUUUUUUUCUUCUACAGUAAUCCACAAUCUGUUCUUUGUGUGGGUUGGCAUUUAUUUAUAAUGCUUAAAAUAAAGAUAGCUUAAAAGAGCCAAA